AUGGGCUUUACCAUCCAAGAUUACAAUCUUCGCAAGACUUUCACCAUCGAAAAAAAGCUGCUCCUUUUCGCCGGCUUCUACCCCCGCAGAACCUCAAAAAACAAAUACGCAUACGUUUUAGGCGCCACCGUGAAUUUAUUUUUGUCGAUUGCACAAUUCCUGUCAAUGCUGAUGCAACUCAUAGUCAACCGAAACGACUUAUCUAAACUUUCCGAAACUUUGCAGUACUUCAUCACCCACACGACUUUCAUCUGCAAACUCACGAAUUUCGUCGUCUACAAGAAAAAUCUGCUGAACAUCGAAGACACCUUGGAGAUGCCCAUAUUCUACGGGUUUUCCCACAACCAUUUGAAACUGUUGAAGCAAAAAGUGGCGGCGUGUGAAAACGUGGGUACAGUUUUUCGCGUUUUGUGUGUGGCAGCCGUGGCGUUUUGGGCUUUACCGCCUUAUUUGGACCCAGCGAAGUCCAAAAGCUUGCCUAUACCAGGAUGGUUUCCUUAUAACGUUACCGACUACUAUUAUCCUACGUUCGCGUUUCAAAUGAUCGGGAUUGCAAAUACUGCAUACACCAAUUCUACGAUUGACAUUUUGACGUGGAUGUUGAUCAGUGUGGCUUCGGGGCAGUUCGAGAUUUUGAAGGAGAAUUUGAAAGAUAUUGACUAUGGAAGUCCAGAUUGGACAAAAACGAACGAGAGUUUCAAAAAUUGCGUCAAACAUCAUAGAGAAAUAGUCAGGUUUGUUUACAAAAUCGAGAAUACGUUCUCCAAAGGAAUUUUUUUGCAAUUUUUUGCCAGUGUUAUCGUCAUUUGUUUUACAGGUUUUCUCAUGAUUAUUGUGCCUGUUGUGAGCAUGCAAUUUGCUCUUCUUCUGACUUAUUUCUUGUGUAUGAUGUGUCAAGUGGCAAUGUACUGUUGGUACGGCCACGAUGUCAUGACAACUAGUAACACAAUUGGACAGUCUUUUCACAUGUCGAAUUGGUAUGACUCAGAUUUGACUAUUCGCAGAGAUGUUAUAAUUUUUUUGGAAAGGACUAUAAAGCCUGUCACUUUGACAGCAGGAGGGUAUGUUACACUGUCUCUAACAACGUUGACUGGGAUUUUGAGAUCAUCGUACUCAUAUUUUGCGGUUCUAAGACGUUUAUACAGCGAUUUAUAA